AUGGCCACCACUCCGCACAUUGUCGCCCCCACGGCGCCCCACACUCACACCAUCAUCUUCCUCCACGGACGCGGAAGUGACGCCAAGACCUUUUGCUCCGAGAUCUUCGAAAGCGAAGACACCUCCGCGCGAAAGUUCACCGACGUCUUUCCUGGUAUAAAAUGGAUAUUCCUCAACGCACCAGAAUCCUACGCUGAGAGUGAGCGAGAAAGGAUACCGCAAUGGUUCGACAUGGCGUCCGUGCAACGGCCACAAGAAGACGCUGAGUCGCAGAAAGAAGAAUUGUGGCAGAGCGUCGCGCAGGUUCUUCAAAUACUUGAGAAAGAGGUAAAGCUGGUAGGAUUGCACAAUGUGAUUGUCGCCGGGAUAAGUCAGGGGUGUGCUACGGCUGUAUUUACUCUGCUGGCUACUGGGAUGCGCAUGGGAGGCUUCAUAGGGCUAUGUGGAUGGUUGCCUCUGGCAGAAGAGCUAUCCAGUAUCAUGGAGGUGCCUGGCCGAGACCGAAGUGUGUUGGAGAUGCCGUUGCUUUUGCAGCAUUGCAAAGAUGACGACGUUGUACCGGUUGAGAAUGGCGAGGAGCUCAGGAAGAAACUUGAAGAGUGGGGUAUGGUCGUGGAUUGGAAGUGCUUUGAAGAUGGUGGGCAUUGGCUUAACGAGCCUAGAGGCAUCGAUGGGUUAGUGGAGUUCAUUCAGGCGGUUAUGAGGACAUCACCUUCCCCUCAACCGGUUGAAGACACAGACACAACAGAGGCGCUUUCAUCUACAACGAGUUCGAAAACCAAGAAAGAGGAUUUUCAGGGCAACGUAGACUUCUAG